AUCCCAAGUUGUGUGUCAGCCAGGCAGACGGGCUGUGCGCCGCUCGGAGGUUGGACACACUUAUCGGAGACGCAAAGUAGCCUGCCGGGCUGUCGAUCUAUCUGGCACCUCACCGUCCUCUCUGGGUCACUUUUUGGACCCCUCUGUGUUUGGCGCGGGGUGUGGACAGCAGAGAUCGGGCUUCGGUGGAUAGUUGGACUGUUCUUGGAGAGGAACUGAUGUUGCAUCUCCACAUGAACGCAUAGGAGCCCCCCUCCCCUCCCCUGUGAAGGUUGAGGCUUACCCAGCUGUAGAGAGACCGUGACCGGGGGAAAAAUCCAGAUGAAGAUGGAGCCAUUUACCUUCUGGAGGACUGUUCUCAUCUUCCACACACUUUCCUUUGUACAGUGUGCAGAGAGUCAGCUCCAGAGCGCGAUGUUCCUGCCAGAGUUCGCUCUCUCACCUCAGGGCAGCUUCAUGGAGGAUGCCACAGAAGAUCAGUUUCUUACCUACAGAGCUGACGACCAGGUGUCCAGGAUGACCCGCUCAGAUGAAGACAGAGACAUUGGGUGGGACGCCUGGGGCCCCUGGAGUGACUGCUCUCGAACAUGCGGGGGAGGAGCUUCCUACUCACUGCGACGCUGUCUCAGUGGAGGAAGUUGCGAUGGCAAAAACAUUCGUUACAGAACCUGCAGUAACACGGAAUGCCCAGCAGAGGCUGGUGAUUUCCGGGCCCAGCAGUGUUCAGCCCACAAUGACAUCAAGUACCAGGGUGUUACCUACGAGUGGGUCCCAGCGCCCUAUGACCCCUUGGCACCCUGUGCACUGUUGUGCCAGGCCAAAGGCAGAAGUCUCACUGUUGAACUGGCCCCAAAGGUGCUGGAUGGGACACGAUGCCGGACAGAUGCCUUUGAUAUGUGCAUCAAUGGAGUAUGCCAGGAGGUGGGAUGUGAUCGUCAGCUGGCCAACGGUGCCAGGGAGGAUAACUGUGGUGUCUGUGGCGGUGAUGGCUCCACAUGCCGGCUAGUACGAGGACAGACCGUAUUCCACCUUACACCUGAAAAACCUCUGAAGACAGUGCUGGAGGUGCCAGUGGGAAGUCGCUUUCUCAGACUCAGUGCCAAAGGACCUGAUAUAAUAGUUAUUGAAGCUGUGUCUCUUCAGGGGUGGAAGGAGGAGACCAGUCUAACGUCCUCUGGCUCCUACAUGAUAGGAAAUACCUCCUUGGACUUCCAAAGAGGGAUGGACAGACAGAUACUCAGGACACAUGGCCCGCUCAACUCUGAUUAUAUUAUCAAGAUGAAAUAUGAAGGCCCUAAGGACAAGGACACGGUUGUCCAGUCUCUCUUCUACCAGCCAAUCAGGUACCAAUGGAGAGAAACUGACUUCUUCCCCUGCUCAGUCACCUGUGGAGGAGGCUACCAGCUGAACUCUGCAGAGUGCAUAGACAUUCGAUCCAACCAGACCCUUCCUGAGCACCAUUGUAACAGCUAUCCUGAAAACACCAAGCCCACACCAAAACUCAAGGAGUGCAAUAUGGACCCAUGUCCAGACAGUGAUGGCUUCAAAGAGGUGAUGCCAUAUGAUCACUUUCAACCUCUACCUCGCUGGGAGCAGGGUCCCUGGACUCAGUGCUCCGUGUCCUGUGGUGAAGCUGGCGGCUGGCAGGAUCGCAGCGUGCUGUGUGUGGAGGAGGACACCCAUGGACAGUUCUCCCAGGUGGAGGAGUGGAAGUGCACCCAUUCCCCUCGACCUAUCACCCGACAGAUUUGUAACACCUUCUCCUGUCCCCAGUGGGUGGCCAUGGAAUGGUCUCAGUGCACAGUCACGUGUGGUCGUGGUCUGCGUUACCGGGUGGUCCUGUGCAUCGACCAUCGUGGACAACACAUUGGAGGCUGUGAAGCAUCACUAAAACCUCAUGUUAAAGAAGACUGUCUGGUCCCUAUUGCCUGCCACAAGCCCCGAGAGUCUCUGCCAGUGGAGGCCAAAGCACCCUGGUUAAAACAAGCCCACGAACUGGAGGAGCACCAAACUGCUACAGAGGAUCCCACAUUUGUACCUGGGCCCUGGUCAUCCUGCAGUGCCACCUGUGGGCCUGGCAGGCAAACGCGGGAGGUGAAGUGUCAGGUACUCCUCUCAUUCACCAAGACAGAGGUGGACCUCCCAGAGGAGGAGUGUGGUGAGAACAGACCCCAAACGGAGAGGCCCUGUAACCAGGGGUUAUGUACCAAAGUUCCAGGCAUCUCAUCAAGCCUCAAGGACCAUGGGGCCACUUUCAUCCAGACAGAGGAACUGUACAGUUGGAGCUACAGUGGUUUCACUGCCUGCUCAGCCACAUGUGCUGCUGGAAAGCAGAAAGCAGUAGUGAGGUGUGUUAACAGCAAGCAAGGUGACGAGGUGGAUGACUUUCUGUGUGAGCCAUCCAGCAGGCCACCAGUACUGAUCCGCAUCUGUGAGCCUGAGCCAUGCCCCCCAAGAUGGGAGGUGACAGCAUGGACUGGCUGCUCUGCUUCCUGUGGCGUCGGUAUACAGACCAGGAGUGUAUUUUGCAUGCGUCUGUUGUCCUUUGACCAGCAGGAUAUUCUGACUGUUUCAGAGGAUGAGUGCAAUGACUUUAAACCUGCCAUCCUGCAGCCCUGCAACCAGGUGGACUGUCCUCCAGCCUGGGAGACCGAACCUUGGCAGCAAUGCUCCCAGUCCUGUGGUGGGGGUGUUCAAGUGCGGAAGGUCUAUUGCAAGCAGCUCCUGUCCACAGGGGCCUAUAGGUGGCUGGGAGACAAUAGCUGCUUUGGGAACAAACCUGCCGCUAGCAGAGGCUGCAGCAACAUUGACUGUCUGCCGUACAUGGCAGGAGGAGAGUGGGGAAAGUGCUCAGUUUCUUGUGGUUUGGGGAUCCAGCGUAGGGAGCCGCUGUGCCUCCAGGUGACGGCCAUGGACCAGCAGGUGACACUGGACAGGGAGCUGUGCUCAAGGUUGCCCUCCCCACCACUCAUCCGAACUUGCCGUAUGAUGGCUUGUCCCAAGCACAAGAAAGAGAUGAGACCCAAAGACACCAAAAAGGUUCAGGUCAAGAUCCGAAUGAAGCAGGCAGUGAGACAUCCAGCAAAGGCCAGAGGCUAUAAGCGGGGAGUUAAACAGUGUCCACUGCUCAUGGGUAUGCAUCAUAUCUACAUACAGACUCGCAAGGAAAAACGCCUCCACCUGACAAUUGGUGGCCAUGCCUACCUCCUACCCAACACCUCCCUGGUCAUCAAAUGCCCUGUCAGAAGGUUCCCCAAAGCUUACAUCCGCUGGCUCAAAGACGAACACCCCCUGUCCAUUUCCAAAAGACUGGGUAUCACCAAAUCCGGCUCACUGAAGAUACAUUUUCUGGGGGCAGAAGAUAUUGGGGUGUACAAGUGUGUUGCUGGACCUGCAUCAGACAUACUCACUCUUCAGCUGAUAGGUAACGACAGCAGGUCAACUGGCAGACCAUCUACUGCCAGUCCAAGUACCAACCGGGAGGAGAUGCUGCUUCGUUGCCAUUGGCACUACUCAAUCCCGGAGCUAGUGCAGAGGAUUAGUGUUUCUCUUCUUCCUCCUGGUGUCCGGGAGGUUUCAUUGCAGCCACAUGUGGAGGAAAGGCUAAUUAACAUCACCCUGCAAGCUGACCGAGGAGAGAUCCAGCAGGAGCAGGCAUCAGAACUCAUCUCCGCACUGCUGACCCACAUAUCUGCUGCCCAGCUCUGGGCCAGGACUACGGAGGGAGGAGGACAAGCUAAAGACAGACUGCCCAACUGGUCAGAACGCUUUUCACUGGGGACUAUGGCAAAGAGACCAGCGAUCAUCAGACAGCAGCAGAUCUUGCCACUGACUUUUCAGAGAACCAUCAACAUCAGUGUUGGAAACAGUGCCCUCCUCACCAAUGCCACCCAGUCACUAACCAUACUCUGUCCUGCAGAGGGUUUCCCGCCUCCCAAAACCAGCUGGACCAAAGAUGGUAUUAUGCUGCAGCCCACUGACAGGGUGUCCUGGGAUAGCUCUGGAGCACUGCACAUCCUUCAGCCCACUGCAUUUGACAGAGGCCUGUACAAGUGCACAGUCACCAACACACAUGGCUCAGACUCAGAGACAUUUCAGCUACUGGUGGCAGAGCCACCAGUCAUUGCAGUGUCAUGGAGGAAUGUUUCAGACCAUGGGAUGGUGUUAGGCCGCACCUUGAGGGCCACAGUUGGAGGGCAAGUCAGUGUUCGCCCAGGCACCAAUCUCACUGUGGAAUGUCCUGUCACUGGCUUUCCUCAGCCCACAGUUACAUGGCACAGGAAGAAUGGACAAUUAGAUGCAGGUGCUGUUUUUUUGCCAUCUGGCUCACUGUGGAUCAGAAAUGUUUUUCUGCACAACCAAGGCAUCUACUACUGCACGGCCGCUAAUGCCAUAGGAAAGGCUUCUGCCUCCACUGUCCUGCAGGUCUAUGGUCCAUACCCUGCUGGAGGAAGCAGGGUUGUUCCAGCCUCACAAGAACUGAACAGUAGAAGGGUCCUUAUGGCAUCACGCCGUGGAACUAGUGUCUUCAUUAAACCUGGAGACAGUCUACAUAUAGGUAGCCUACCAACGCAAGCAUUGAUAUGAACACAGCCUGUACAUCCUCAUGCUUGCACAGGAGUAGAUAAACUAAACAUUCACAUUCACCAAGGUUGUACUCUAAGACAGAGAAUCUCAGCGAUAGAUGUCUCCAAACCCUUGGGACACAAACUCAAAAUGCAUGGAGAAAUGCCACCAGGGGCUUGUGAGAAAAUAUGUUUUUUGAUUUCAAUGAAUUGACAUUUUAAUGUGAAAGCACCUUAAUAAGGCGAUCACUUGUUUAGUACAUUUUAUGGAAAAAGGUUUAAACAUGAAGAUCAUAAGGGGAUUCAGAUGAAUUUGAACUGAACUUUUAAAUGAAUUUCACAUUAUUUGGAUCAUCUUUUAAAUAAAAAGUGCGAAUUAAAUGUGAAAAUUAA